AUGAUGGACGUCGCCUCCUGUCUGAGACAGCCGUCCUGGACGGUGGCCAGUGAACGAGUGAGGAUGACUGCAAAUCUCCGGCGGUUCUUAUCAGCAUUUAUUCUUCUGUAUGUAAUAAAUCAAGUAAAUAGCCAGAAAAAGGGGGCUCCUCGUGACCUGAAGUGUGUAACCAGCAAUUUACAAGUGUGGGACUGUUCUUGGAAAGCAUCCUCCGGAGCAGGCCGUGGGGCUCUUUAUGAAGUUUGCAUUGGAAACAGGUCCCGUUCUUGUUAUCAAUUGGGGAAGACAAAUACUAAAAUCCCACCUCUUUUACCUGGUGAUUAUGAAGUAACGGUAAACCCUCCACAUGACUUUGGAAGUUCUAUAAGUAAAUUCACACUAAAUGAAAAAAAUGUGUACUUCAUCCCAGACGCUCCGGAGAUCUUGACCUUGUCUGCCGAUUUCCCAGCUUCUACGUUGCACCUCAGGUGGAAUGACAAGGCCUCCUUUUUUCCACAUCACUCAAAUGUCAUUUGGGAAAUUAAAAUUCUGCGUAAAGAGAAUUUGGAAGUCGUAAAAUUAGAGACCUACAACACGACUCUGAACGGGAAGGACACAGUUCAUCACUGGACCUGGACCUCAGACAUGCCCUUGGAGUGUACCACUCACUCUGUGGGACUUCGAUGCUACAUUGAUGAUCCUCAUUUCUCUGGUCACAAAGAGUGGAGUGACUGGAGCCCCCUGAAGAACAUUUCGUGGUCUGCUGCUUCUCCGGCUAAGGUUUUUCCUCAAGACAAAGUGAUACCUGUGGGCUCAGAUAUAACGUUUUGUUUGGUGACCCAGGAAAUAGUGUCAGUAGCUCACAUCGGCAGAACCGAGUGUCCCCUUAUCCAUCUCGAUGGGGAAAACGUCGCAAUCAAGAUCCGUAACAUUUCUGUGUCUGAAAACAGUGGAACAAAUGUGGUUUUUACAACAAAUGUAAACAUCUAUGGGACAGUUAUUUUUGCAGGAUAUCCACCUGAUAUUCCUCAAAAACUAAAUUGUGAGACAUACGACCUAAAAGAGAUCAUCUGUACUUGGGGCCCUGGAAGACCGACAGCAUUGGUGGGUCCACGAAGUACAAGUUACACGUUGUUUGAAAGUUUUUCAGGAGAACAUGUUAAAUUUGAAGGAGUUGAAGCACCUAUAAAUGAAAGCUAUCAGUUAUUAUUUCAGAUGCUUCCAAAUCAAGAAAUAUAUGACUUUACUUUGAAAGCUCACAAUGCCCUGGGCCGAUCGGAGUCAACAGUCUUAGUGAAUGUGACUGAAAAAGUUUAUCCCCAUACUCCUACUUCAGUCAAAGUGAAGGAUAUUAACUCAACAGCGGUUACACUGUCCUGGCAUUUACCAGGCAACUUUGCAAAGAUUAAACUGUUGUGUCAAGUUGAAAUUAACAAAGCUAAUUCAGUGCAAGAAUUGCGGAAUGUCACAAUCAGAGGGGUAGACAAUUCAAAUUACCUCAUUGCCGUGGACAAGUUAAAUCCAUAUACUGUGUAUACUUUUCGGAUUCGUUGUUCUAGUGAAACUUUCUGGAAAUGGAGCAAAUGGAGCAAUGAAAAACAGUACUUAACCACAGAGGCCAUUCCUUCGAAGGGACCAGACACCUGGAGAGAGUGGCGUUCCGACGGGAAAAAUCUAAUAAUAUAUUGGAAGCCUUUGCCCGUUAAUGAAGCCAAUGGGAAAAUACUCUUCUAUAACAUAUCCUGUUCGUCUGACGAGAAAACACAGUCCCUUUCUGAGAUCCCCGAUCCGCAGCACAAGGCAGAAAUACAGCUUGAUAAGAACAACUACAUCAUCAGUGUGGUGGCCAAAAACUCUGCGGGCUCAUCGCCUCCUUCUAAAAUAGCUAGUAUGGAGAUUCCGAACGAUGAUCUCAAGACAGAGCAGACGGUGGGAACGGGGAGCGGGAUCCUCCUCACCUGGAACCACGACCCCAACAUGACUUGCGACUAUGUGGUCAAGUGGUGCAGCGCCUCCCAGCCGCAGCCCUGCCUCAUGGACUGGAGGAAGGUCCCUGCGAACAGCACGGAGGCCGUCAUCGAGUCCGACCAAUUUCGGCCAGGUGUGAGAUACCACUUCUUCCUGUAUGGGUGCAGAAAUCAAGGCUAUCAAUUGUUACGUUCUGUGAUUGGAUACAUAGAAGAAUUGGCUCCCAUCGUCGCCCCCAACUUCACCGUGGAGGACACGUCUGCAGACUCGAUACUAGUGAAAUGGGAGGACAUCCCUGUGGAGGAGCUCAGAGGCUUUUUAAGAGGAUAUUUAUUUUACUUUGAAAAAGGAGAGAGAGACACAUCUAAGAUGAGGAGUUUGGAACCGGGUCAUUCCGACGUAAAAGUUAAGAACAUUACUGACACAUCCCAGAAGACACUGAGAAUUGCUGACCUUCAAGGUAAAACGAGUUACCAUCUGGUCUUGCGAGCUUAUACGAACGGCGGGUUGGGCCCGGAGAAGAGCAUGUUCGUGGUGACAAAGGAAAAUUCCGUGGGGUUGAUCAUCGCCAUCCUCAUCCCAGUGGCGGUGGCGGUCAUCGUGGGCGUGGUGACAAGUGUCCUUUGUUACCGGAAGCGAGAAUGGAUAAAAGAAACCUUCUACCCUGAUAUCCCAAAUCCAGAAAAUUGCAAAGCGUUACAGUUUCAGAAGAGUGUCUGUGAGGGAAACAGUGCUCUGAAAACACUGGAAAUGAAUCCUUGUACCCCGAAUAGUGUCGAGGUUCUGGAAACUCGAACAGCAGUUCCUAAAAUAGAAGACACAGAAAUAAUUUCUCCGGUAGCCGAGCGUCCACAAGAGAGCUCAGAGGCAGAACCCGAAAGCCACGUGGCUGUGUCCUACUGUCCCCCCGUCAUCGAGGAGGAAAUCCCGAACCCCGGGGCGGAGGAGGCCGCGGGGACUUCACAAGUCAUUUACAUUGACGUCCAGUCCAUGUACCAGCCGCAGGCAAAGCCAGAGGAGGACCAGGACGGCGACCCGGUGGCGGGGGCAGGCUACAAGCCCCAGAUGCACCUCCCGGUGACCUCUGCCCUGGAAGAGGCAGCUGCAGAAGGCGACUUGGAUAAAACUUUGGGUUACAGACCUCAGGCCAAUGUGAACCCCUGGACCUUAGUGUCGCCAGACUCCCCCAGGUCCACAGACAGCAACAGUGAGGUCGUGUCUUUCGGAAGUCCGUGCUCCAUCAACUCCCGACAAUUUCUGAUUCCUCCUAAGGAUGAAGACUCUCCGAAAUCCACCGGAGGAGGGUGGUCCUUCACAAACUUCUUUCAGAACAAACCAAACGAUUAACCGCGUCACU